GAUUGCAAAGCCGAAAACCUAAAAUGCAAGCAUUGUGGAAGAAAGGGACAUGUAGCCAUCGUAUGCUUCCAACAAGCGAAGAAGAUAAAACAAUUGAAAGAGGAGGAUGAAGAAGAAGAGGAGGAAGAAAAUGAAGAGAAAAAUGAACUGGAAGAAUAUACAAUAAAUAGCAUUAAGAAACUGGAUACCACUCAUUGCAAUAAAUACAUGAAGUAUAAUAAAUUAUUCGAACCGACUUUGGGGAAGAUACCCAAUACAAAAUGCAAUCUGAACUUGAAAAAGGAGACAAAACCAAUAUUCAUACGCCCAAGACCAGUGCCAUACGCCUUAAAAGAGAGAAUAGAAGCCGAAAUUGAUCGUCUCGAGAAACUGGAAAUCAUUGAAAAAACAACUUACUCAGAAUGGGGAAGUCCCAUAGUACCCGUGGUAAAACCUAGCGGUGAAAUUAGAUUAUGUGCCGAUUACAAAGCUACGAUUAAUAAAAAUUUAGAAGAUGACAAUUAUCCAAUACCAAGAAUCGAUGACUUAUUCUCAAAAUUAGGUGGUGGAAAAUAUUUUUGUACAUUGGACAUAAAUCAAGCAUAUUUACAUAUGGAGGUUACAGAAGAAAGUUCAAAAAUUCAAACGAUCACAACACAUAAAGGAAAUUAUCUA